AAAUAUGCCAUAGGUAAUCGCUGAGCGCUCUCAUCUCCAGACAUCUUACGGAAAACGAAACUCACCACAAACGAGCUGCCAAAAUGAAUGAGUCAGACAAAUUAAAACUCUACGCCGCAUUGCACUGUCAGUUUACCUUUAUUUUUUGACGCGCAGUAACGUGAGAAAGUCGCAAAUCGAGUUUACUAAAGCGAAUUAGUAUACUGAAACGAGUGCAAAAGUUCAGAAAAGUAAAACGGCAGUUCAAAGUACAAGCCAAAGAAAAAAUAUUGGUUUUCAUUGAGAAAACAGCUCAAAAGUGUUAGUUAGUUCCUUCAGCUAGUGAGUGCAUAUACUUAGGUACAUAAAUUCUUAGAUAAUGUCACAUCCACAAGCGCCGCCUCCGCCAUACUCACAGGCCGUGCCGGGCUACUACCCACAGCAGGGUGCUGCGGCUCCAGCAACCACAGUGGUCAUACACACUGCAGCGCCAUCAUUUGCGCCCAUCUCAAAUGAGCCGGCUACAAUAACUUGUCCCUCCUGUCAUGCUGUGGUGCGCACCACCGUCAUCCGACAGCCCAGCAACACCACACAUCUUUGGGCGCUGAUACUCUGUCUUUUCGUUUGCUGGCCUUGCGUGUGCGCACCCUACUGUAUGAAGUCCUGUCAGAGUGCCAAUCACUAUUGUCCCAAUUGCGACGCAUACAUUGGAUCAUACCAAAAUUAACUGUAAUAAACAAAACGAAAACUAACAAGCUAAAGCAUUAGCUAGCAGAAAAUGAAGCAAUAUAUUUCCAAAAAUAAGCACCAAAAUGUCGAAGUGACAAAGAACGGUUCGAAAUUGAAUGCUUUUUCAA